AGUUUACUUGCGUUUAGAGGUGUAUUUGUGUGUGUUUUGAGCAUCCUUUAAUCAAAGCAAAUAACAAAAGUAUAUAGCUAAAUAUAAAUUUCCUGAAAAAGAAGAGCAAAAUCGUGGGGGAUCAAAGCGAGCAGACAACAAUAUAGAUCCAAUUCCGGCGGGCAAGAAGGCCCAAAGCGCUGCCGCGCUGACGUCGCCUGCAGCUGAUGCCUCAUCGACGGCUGCUGCGCUAGGGUGGAGCCUUCGACGCUGUAAAGUGUAAAAUUUCCUCACUCCCCCUCGCCGCCGGUUGCCGAUCCAGCCAUGGGGACGGCGGCGCCGGCGAUGACGCCGACGGAGGACCUUGAGGCGGCCAUCGCCGAGCUCCCUGCCAAGAAGGACGCCCUGCGCGAGGCCUUCGUCAGCCUCGCCGCCUGCUCGCCCUACCCGCUCCCCUUCACGUGGGAGGACCUCGACGCGCACGUCUCCUCCGUCCAAUCCUCCAUCUCGCGCCGGUUCCGCCAGCUCCGGGCGCUCGAGGCCGCGCGCCCAGCCAGCACUAGUAAGAAUAAGGAAGGGGCUAACGACGUGGAAGAAGAAGAGGUGGAGGAAGAAGAAGAAGAAGAGGUGGAGGAAGAAGAGGAAGAGGAGGUUGUGGAGGAGGAGGAAGAAGAAGAAGAAGAAGAAGAAGAAGAAGAAGAAGAAGAAGAAGAGGUGGAGGAAGAAGAGGAAGAGGAGGUGGUGGAAGAAGAAGAAGAAGAAGAAGAAGAAGAAGAAGAAGAGGUGGUGGUGGAGGAAGAAGAGAAGGAAGACGACGACAAGCAGAUGAUGGAGGCUGACGGCAACAACAUUGGCAAUCAAGCCAAGGAAGAUAAAGAGGGCAGCGGUGAUAACAAGCGCAAGCGGGAUGCCGACGAAGAGGCGGUGAGUGACUACCAAGGUCUCUAACAGGGCAGGGCAAAGAGGCUGAAGGGGAGGAGGAGCUUGAUGGGUAUGCGCAGGGGGAUCGAGAGGAGCAGGAUACUGAAUAUGAGGAGAUGGUCGAAAAGAUGACUAAAGAAACAGCUUAGAGGGCUUCCUGCAGGUGGAAGACAGCAUUGGCAGCAGCAUCUCGGUCACCACCAGGUGAUUUAAUUGACUAUAUGAUUGGAAAUGGGCAGCAUCUCAAAGUUUUUCAUUUCGUACAAAUUUUAAAUUUGGAGGACAAGUAUCCUCUAUUUUCUUUUCUGAAGAGAUACAUUGGGAAGGCCAAGCAGACUUUUGUGGAGAUAUUUAGAAAGAAUGAAACACACAAGUCCUUGGUAUGAACUAGACCUUGUGACUCUAAAAUCAAGUAUUUCACUGACAGGAAUUAUAUGCCACCCAGGGUAGCACAAACCCUGGACAUCCAGGACAUUAUGCUGUAACGUCAAGAUUUGUUCUGACGGAGAGAAAUUUGAGUCCGCUAUUCAUCUGUUGACAGAUUUUUUAGGGUGGGAAUGCAUACCUGCUCCGGGAUACUAAGCUCAUUCUUUUCCAUGUCCGGUGAUCUCCAAUAACUCUGGCAGGUUAUAGUUUCAGGUUGGGGUACGAGGUUUUGUUUUUGGGGAUCUUGGCGGCCUCCAUCUAUAGAGGUAUGGCUGAGGGUUGCAGGUAGGUCGCCGGCCUGGUGGUGGGCGGAAACACGAGACGGUGGUGGCAGUGGUAGGGCAAGCAUGGAGGCAGGGGCAUUGGGGCAUUAUGCUCGGAGUGGUUAGUGCCGUCUGUGGUUGAGGGCAGUGGAGGAGGUGGGAGAGCAGGAUCCAUGGUGAGGGAGGGAGAGAGGUGCUGUGAUGCGGCAGGCGUGGGUGGGGAACUGCGGAUCGAGACGAUGAUGGCUCUGUUUCACUCCGUAUACGAUGAAAGCCAGGAUGCACAUCCUGGUGGAUAUAGAAACCGGGUUGUUUCAGUGAUCACCUUAAUCAUAACUUUCUAAGUUACAGAGCAUUGUGGUUUUACUACAGAUUUUGGAACAGGUUCUGUUGUAGAUAUAAAUGUAUAUUGAUCCAAUAAAUCUGCUUUCUUGUCAA